AUGAGUGCAAUUGUUCCGCCGUUCACGCUUCAGACCGCAAUCAAGAAGGUCAAAGUCGCGCAGGAUCUAUGGAAUACGCGAAACCCGGCAAAAGUAGCAGCAGCCUACUCACCGAACUCUCUCUGGCGCAACCGCACGACUUUUGUCCAUGGCACGGCCGAGAUCGAAAAGUUCCUGACCGACAAGUGGAACACCGAGAAGCAGUACCGGCUCCGCAAGGAGCUGUUCACGUACACCGGCAACGAGAUCGCGGUCAAUUUCUGGUACGAGUGGAAUAACGGGCGCGGGCAGUGGUUUCGGACGUAUGGGCUUGAGCAUUGGACGUUUGGGGAGGAUGGGAAGAUGACCAAGAGACAAAUGUGCGGAAAUGACCUGCCGAUUGAGGAGGCGGACCGGUGGUUUCCUGAGUCGGUCGAGGAUGUCAACACUGUUGUGCUUCCCGAGGUCUGA